AGCCAUUUUGGCCAGGAGUGCGGCAAAUAAAAAGCUUGAACGUUUGACGUCAUGAGCUUCCGUGCCUGGCCGACCACAGGCUCCAAGGCCAGUCAGCCGGUGAUGUGUCAGCCGGUUCAAUGGCGCCAGAGCGAGACCUGUCAGCCCUACAACGUCAUGGAUGUGCACGAGGUGACCGCCGCGGUGGAGUCCCUGUACCUGGAUGAGCUGAAGCCUUACGGCCGGAUCUUGCGGAAACGCCUCGCAGAGCGCGCCUCGCAGGUGGGGUUGGCGAACAUGGACGUGGACAUCAAGCGGUUGAAGGGGGUCUGCGACACUUGCCCCUGGAUCUACGUGCAGGCCGAGGAGGGUGGGGAUUGGUCUGCCCUCCUGUGCGGCCGCAGCUUGAACUUCGUGGACGUCUACAGCCCGCAGGACUUCUAUCCCCAGAAGCUGUGGCAAGCCGCGGAAGCCUACUUCGAGAGCCUCGAUGACGCCCACAUGGUCCUCCCCGGCGGCAGGUACAGCUGCGCCCAAGCCCUGGUGAGCCGCGGCUUGGACUUCCUGAACGGCCGUACCUUGGGCCAGGUGUGUCACAUCGUGCAGCUGGCCAUCAGCCAGAAGAAGCUGCUGGGCUACCUCAACGGCGCGGUGGUGCCCUACAAGCGCUCCCAGUCCAUGAUCAAGGAGCGCUGUGCCGAGAAGCAGCGGCCCUGCACCAACACGGCGAGGAACACCAGCUCCGACCUCGCGAACUGGGAGAAGGUGAAGGAGGGCCUCAAGGAGAUCUUGGCGAGCUGCGGCUCCUCUACCAUCCCCUUGUCCAACGUGAAGCGCCUCUUCCGGUCCCGCUACCACACGGAACUCUCGGAGACGGCCCUGGGACACUCCAAGCUCUCGGAGCUGCUGCAGGACAUACGCCUCAAGGACGUGUGCCACGUGCGGCUCCAGGGCCACGGCUAUGUGGUUGGUCCGGCGAAUCAGUGCAAGGCGAACCAGCAGUACCAGCCGCUCCCGCAGCAGCCCUUGAUGCAGGUUCCGGUGGCCCCGGCACCCAAGUGCCAUCCUCACUUGCCCCAUGUGCACUCGGCACCCCAUGCCCACCUGGCUCACCCGGCCCACGGCCAUCCUCAUGCGCAUGCGCAUGCGCAUCAUGCGCAACACGCGCAUCAUGCGCAUCACAUGACUCAUCCCUCACACGGCGCCCCGGCAGUUGGCACCCAACCCAUUUCCGCUGCAGCAGCGGGGGCUGCCGUGGUCACCGCAGCUGUGGCGGCGGCUUGCGGUCGCUCGGAGUUCCCUGCUAUGCAGUUCGACGCCAACGACCGGCCCUCGCUGCGUGACCGCGCGCGCUUCGUUCAGCCUUUGUCCAUGGAGGACGUGGAGACGACGGAGGCCCGGAGCGCGCGCAAGAGCCGCUGGGAGCCGGCGAGCUGCCAGCUGGGCCUGGCGGAUGAGAUGAACCUUCCCGGCGUGGUGCCCAGUACGCCACAAGUGCCGCUGAUGCCGCCCACGCCCGACACCCCCGGAUUCCCCAAGUGGCCGAUGCUGACCCCCAACCGCAUGGAUGGUAUGGGCUUGAGCGUGCAGAACACGUUCAUCAACUACAACCUGCCGCCUCCUACGCCCUGCCAACCCGGCGGCCGAUCCCACUCCGUGCCGCGCAACACGCGGCUCACCGAAGACUCCCCGAACAAGACCAGCGAGUCUACGGCGCAACAUCCCGCCAAUCGCCUGAUGUCCAAAGCGGCUGCAGCAGCAGACGUGAAAGGACUGCAGGGGUAUCCUCAGAGCUAUGCGAGUGGAUCCCAAUCGGCCGGAUCCCAAUGGGUGGUGCGUUUGGCCGACCUCCUGUGAUGUGCAUCUUCGAAGACCAUAGCUUCGACAUCGAAGCUAUCUUUGGCUCCGUCGCAGAUGUCGCUGACCUGACGAAAUGUCGACAUGAACUGAGCGCCCACAGCCUUUGGCUAGUUUCUCUUAUGUUGCACCCCCGGGCGGAAAUCCGGACAUCCGAAACCAUUGUCCGC